AUGGUGGAGGAUUUUCCAUCGCUGAAGGCCAAGUGGGUGGUGAUGCAGCACGCCAAGAAGCCUGCUACCAUCUUUGACGAUCUUGCGUUCGUCCCCGAGCACGACCUACUGGAUGCCUCGUGGCUCGACAACGCCGCGCACGAUCUUCCGAGCAAGGCGGCGAGCAGGCAGGGCAAGCCAGCGUGGCAAGUGCAUCUCAAGCCCCCCCAGCCCGCCUCCACCGACGUUGCCCCCUCAUCUCUCCGCAAUUCCCCCCUUCCGCGCGAUGCCAAUCUCGAGGGCCUCCUCGCCGCGCAGCUCCCGCCGCCGGGAGGUGCGGCUGGAAACGCGGCAGGGAACGCGGCGGCGCUGCGCGAGGAAGAGAUGGAGGCGUGGUUUCAGUACCCGCUGGGCGAGCCCAUAGACGGUUUCGGGCGGUUCAGAGCGGUGGAGGGGCUUAGUGUCGAUGACGGCGGACAGGGGUUGGAGGGUUGGCGCGCAGAUGAGAUUUCCGCCGUGGAUCUUGCGCGGGGGAAGGCGGCUGCUGGCUCUCGCGCAAGCCUUGCGGAAUUAGCGGCGCUUUCGCAGGCCGGAGCUGGCGCAGACACGGGCGCACAUGCCGGGGGGCUUUGCGGAAACUCACAGGCGCAGCAGCGCGCCGAGCCGGUUGGCGUUCCCGCGACUGAGGUGGGAGGCAGAGGCGCGGGGCAGAUGGGCGGACUGAACAGCAUGGUGGCGGCGUCGCUGUUGGCGCAGAAGCGGGGCUUUGGCGGGCUCGGCGGAGCGGAAGCCGGCGGGGGUGGCGCGGGGGAAAGAGUUUCCGCCGCUCCUGGCGGUGCCGCGGGCGCGUCGUCGAGUGCGGCGGCUCCCCUCAGCGGCAGCGCGGGCAUCGCGGGUGUGAGCGCGCGCCUGGCGAAUAAGGCCCUCGCGGCUCUUAAAACUGGCAAGCUCGCGUCACCUCCCGCGUCGUCCGCUGGCGAUUCCAACGCGCUCGCCGUCGCUCCUACUGAGGGGAUUCGCGACGCGACGGUCGGCACGGCGGCAACUGCGGCGGCUGGCACGGCGUCAGGAGCGGCAGGUGCGCCGGCACCGGGUGCGUCGAAGCCUCCCGCCUCGCAUGGUAACGUGCCGCGCCCGACCAGCGAGUCUAACGCCAGUGCCGCCGCGAUUGCCGGCGCGUCAAACGGCGUGGUGACAGGCAACUGCGGGCCAACCGCGCGGCAAAGUGCGGCGUGUCGGCCUUUGCCGUACGCCCCUUUAAACGUGUCGCGCCAGCAGCAGCCGCAGCAGCGGCAGUUGCGGGCCGACGCGCGGCAACCCGAUCAAACGCAGGAGCCGGCGGGGAAUGCGGCGGAGCGUUCGCCUGACGCGGGGCACGCGUCGACGGUGACGAGCAACGCGCCCGCGACUUGCGGCGCGAACGGCGCGCACAAAGCGGAAAGAGCCGCGACGGGCAGCUCCGGAAUGGAGGGGGAGGGGUUGGGAUGUGGGAGGGAGGAUUGGGGGGCGGAAACAAUUGGGGUGGUUUUUUUAAGGUGCAUGGCGUGUAUGCGUAUUGUGCUCGCCGCGCUCCCGCGCUCCCGUGCGCCCAUCUGCAUAGCACUUCCCCCUGUCCGUUCCUUUCCCCCCACCUCAUCCGUUCCGCCGUCUCAUCCGUUCCACCGUCUCUUCCGUUCCGCGUCUCAUCCGUUCCCCCGCCUCCCCCCGCGCGUGUUUGUGCGUGUGAUUCCCCCCCCGCGCGCAGAGGCGGCGGGAUCGCAUCAACGAGCGCAUGAAGGCGCUGCAGCAGCUCAUCCCCAACUCCAACAAGACGGACAAGGCGUCGAUGCUGGACGAGGCAAUAGACUCCCCGCCCCUGGCGCGGCUCUGGGGGGGUUCGGGCUCGGGGGAAUGGGAAUGGGGGGGAUGGACCUGGGCGAUAUGGGCCUGGGGAUGGGGGGAAUGGGGGGAAUGGGCGGAAUGGGCGCAAUGGGCGGACUAGGGGGAUUGGGGCUCGGCAUGGGGGGCCUGGGGCUGGGAGGCAUGGGAGGUUUGGGUAUGGGCAUGGGCGCAGGGAUGGGCGCAGGGAUGGGCGCAGGCAUGGGCGCAGGGAUGGGCGCAGGCAUGGGCGCAGGCAUGGGCGCAGGCAUGGGCGCAGGCAUGGGCGCAGGGAUGGGCGCAGGCAUGGGCAUGGCGGGUGCAGCAGCAGCAGCAGCAGCAGCAGCGGCUGAUGGCGCAGCUGCAGGCGCAGCAGCAGCAGCAGCAGCAGCAGCAGCAGCAGCAGCAGCAGCAGCAGCAGCAGCGGCAGCAGCAGCUGCAGCAACAGCAGCAGCAGCAGCAGCAGCAGGCGCAGCAGCAGCAGCAGAGGGAGAGGCAGGUGCAGCAGGCGAGGGAGAGAUCAGCACUGGGAGCGGGCAUGUCAGCUGA